GUGUGUGUAUGCGCGCGUGACAGAAGAAAAAACCAAUAAAAAACCUCCCCUUUUCUCUUCUCUCUCUCUAAAACCUGCCAUCAAACUCCUUUGUAAAGACCAUUCCACGAGGCACACUUCUCUCUCACUCUCUUUUUGUACCUUGUAGAUUACAUAUACGUAUAUCCGUACAUACACAUAUAUGAGUAUAUAAAUUGUAUAGGUAAUUUUAUAGCAGUUAAUUUAUUAAGAGGACACACAAUGGAGAUGUAUAGUGGGACCCACCCAAUUGACGACGGUGCUCCGGAAACUGAAUGGAGUGACACCGAAACUGGACUCGAAGAGGCUAUGUGGCAGUUGUCGGUGUAUCCAGAAAGGCCAAACGAGGCUGAUUGUAUUUAUUACUUGAGGACUGGUAUUUGUGGAUAUGGCGCUCGUUGUCGGUUUAAUCAUCCUCGUAACCGCAGUAAUUUGGCUAUGGGAGCGACAAGAGCUACUGGAGGAGAAUACCCUGAGAGAGUCGGUCAAUCUGUUUGCCAGUACUAUAUGAGGACGGGGAUGUGUAAAUUUGGUGCUUCCUGCAAAUAUCACCAUCCAAGACAGGGAGGGGGAUCUCUAACCCUGGUGACACAUAACAUUUAUGGUUACCCGCUGCGACCGGGUGAAAAGGAAUGUUCGCACUAUAUGAAAACUGGGCAGUGUAAAUUUGGCUUCACCUGCAAAUUUCACCAUCCACACCCAGCUGGUGCGCAAGUGCCAGCAUCAGCAGCUGGACCUUUUCCUUUGCCCGCGGCUGUUUCCCCACCAGCCACUUAUCCAGCACUGCAAUCUUCUCCUGUUCAUUCAGCUCAACAAUAUGGAAUGGUUGCUGGCAACUGGCCAGGUGUAAGGCCUACUCUGCUUCCGGGUUCCUAUUUUCCCGGAACAUAUGGCUCUAUGCUUUUUCCCCCUGGGAUGGUUCCCGUGCCGGGUUGGACUCCUUAUCCAGCUUCUGCUAGUCCAGUACCCUCCCAAACUACUCAGCCUGCUGCUGGAGCAGGUCCAGUUUAUGGGCUUACUCAACUAUCUGCUUCAGCACCUGCCUACAUGGGACCGUAUACGCCUCUUACUGCUUCUCUUGGUGCUUCAGGGAGCAUGCACAAGGAAAAUGCAUUUCCACAAAGACCCGGGCAGCCUGAAUGUCAGUAUUACAUGAAGUAUGGGGAUUGCAAAUUUGGAUCUUCAUGUAGAUACCAUCAUCCACCUGAGUGGAGUGGACCACAAGCAGCUUUUAACCUCAGUGCUAUGGGUCUUCCUCUUCGUCCUGGUGCACCAAUUUGCUCUCACUACUCACAAAAUGGAGUGUGCAAAUUUGGACCUUCUUGCAAGUUUGACCAUCCAAUGGGAAUAAGCUAUAGUCCCUCAGCAUCUUCUCUCGCUGAUAUGCCUGUUGCGCCUUACCCUGUUGGAUCUUCUGUUGGAACGUUGGCCCCAUCCUCCUCAUCCUCAGACUUGAGGCCUGAACUUGUUUCUCGAGCCAGCAAUGAAGACUUCUCUACCCAAACAAUGAGUGCUGCAAGCGGUUCAGUUGGUUCAAUGUUCUCAAAAGGCGGUGCUGUUUCUCAUUCUGGUGUUCAACAGAGUUAUACCUCUUCUAGUGGUAGCAGGAGUACAGACCAUGAAGGUGAGGCUCACACAUCAAGUUGAGGAAAAAGAUUGGGUCACAUUUUUCUAUUGCUCAAUGAUCAUUAAACGAAGAUUCCAUUUUUUGGUGCUAGUCCUUCUUAGGAUGCUUUUAUCUUAGUCAUCUUGGUCCUUCCAUUUACAUCUACCACACUCUAGUUCUGUCUUUCUGUGCUCAUAAAAUCCCCAUAUGUGUCACCUUUUCCAUUUUUGCCCAUUUUGAAUAAGUGUACUCCAACUGUCAAAGGUCGAACAACUAUCAGUUGAGGAUUGUACUAGGUUUCUGAAUAGCAAGUAACAAAAACCCCCUUCCACUUUAGAUGUCAUUUGAAUUAAACAUCUUGGACCUUGUUGUCCUUAUUUAUGUUAUAGUCCUUUAGGGAACCAGAAGGAUUCAUCCUGUGUCAUUCUCCUUCCCAUUGGACUAUAUUUACGCCGAUCCUGUUUGUUCCCUUUUAAAACUGGGGACAAACUCCGACUUGAAUUUGGGAAUGAAUAUCUUGGUCUUGUUUUGAUCUGGGACUUCCUUGUAAAGAAAACUGUUGAUUGACAGAUUCCAAGCAAGGCAAAGUAUUGCUGCCUUUAUGGGAUCUGGUUGAUACUUAUGUUUUGAUAUUGGAAAUUGCUAAACUUCUUGUAAUACUCCUAUUUAUCCCCAAAUGCAGCAAAAUUUCCAAGUGAAAAACCUUGACUUUGUAAGAAUUCAUUUUCUGGUUAUAUGGAAUUCAGUCUCAUCACUGACAUUUUGAUGCUCUUAA